UGAAUUUGACAGUUGGAGGUGAGAUAAAGCAGCAAAACAUGCCACAAAAGCCCCCUUCAACCCACACCUAGAUCACUUUCUUCACUCUUUUUCUUAUGCCUUUAUGCUAGCCUUGGGUUGGGUUGGAUUGGGUUGGCUCGGGUUGGCUCGUUGAUAUUGAUAUUCGGAUAUCAACAUCGGAUGAAUGAUCUCUCUGUUCUUAGAGGUUAAACAUGGUGUUCUAAUGGCUAAGACAAUGUGUUGGAUUGGUUGGGUCAAGAGGCUUUUUGGUUCUGACCCAAAAACUAAAUCAGAAAAGAAAUCUAGAAAGUGGAGAUGGGUUACUCAAAGAUUCAAGGUUAAGAAGUGCCAAGUGAUUGCACCACCACCACCACCACCACCACAAACAGCUCUCAAUGAAGCAACGGAUGAGAGGAGGAGACAGGCUUUGAGUGUUGCUGCUGCCACAGCUGCUGCAGCUGAGGCUGCCGUUGCAGCUGCCAAUGCCGCGGCCGAGGUUGUCCGCCUUACGGCCGCCUCGGACUCCUACUGUUUGUUCUCGAUGAGAGAUCGAAUCUCGGCUGCCCUUAAGAUUCAAAGCUAUUUCAGGGGAUAUCUGGCAAAGAAGGCCUUGAGAGCACUUAAGGGAAUAGUGAAACUUCAAGCAAUAGUUCGCGGCCGAGCCGUGAGACGUCGAAUCGACGCUGUUUUGAACCGACCAAUGAUAAUCGAGGAAAGAAGGAAUUCAAAUGUGUUUCAGAAGAAAAGUUUCAUUGCAGAAAGAAGUUGCAAUAGCUGUGGAAAGAAGGUGUUCAUCCAGCCAAAAGAGGAGUUUGAGGAGGAUGAACUAAAGCUUGAUUUGAGCAGCCUAAGAAACUGGGAUGGCAGCAGUCUCUCCAAAAAGGGCAUUGAAGCCUUGCAUUUAAGAAAGCAAGAGGCAAUGAUGAAAAGGGAAAGAAUGUUAAAAUAUUCAUUUUCACACCGAGAAGGAAGAAACAUCCAAAUGACAGAAGAAAGUCCAAGGAGAAGUUUGAGGCCAAGUGUGCACAUAAGUUUAGUAAGUGAUGUGAAUAUGAGCUCACAAUACUCAUCGCCAAGAAGAUCAUUCGGCCAUUUGAAGCAUAAUUGCUCAUCAGGCGGUGGUGGCUAUGAGGGCUGCAUGCCCACAAGCUGCUCGCCGGUGUUCCCAACGUAUAUGGCGGUGACAGAGUCUGCUAAGGCUAAGACAAGGUCAAUCAGCACUCCUAAGCAAAGGCUAUCAUUUCUUAAUGAUGUCUCCUUUUGGUCAUCUUAUGAGGGAGACUUUAUGAGGAAUAUUUCUAAUCAAGUUUGAGAAUUGCCCUCUUUUUUUUGGUUCUUGUUUCAUCUUUGUGCUUCUGUUUUCGCUUGUUUUUCUACGAACUUAUGUAUUUUCGAGUUUCGUUAUGUUCUAUAUACUAUAUUGAUUUUCUUGUCGGUGUCGGUUGGUUCUUCGACCGUUACAUCUUGGUUACGGGUUAAUAGAGAAUUUUCACUUUGUUUA